CAUCCUUCUCGCGUUUCGUUUGUUCGUCUUGUACCACCGAAGAAAAGAAGAGCCACAGUGCCGAACAUUCUCUGAAAAUAGUCCCGUCGACAAACAGUUUUAGUCACUAAUCUCCGAGAGAAAUGGACAACACUGUUGCGUUGUACAAGCAGCUCAAAACCGAGUGGACCAAAAGCCCGAUCAACCUCAAACUAUGCGGAACGAUCCUCGACAAAUUGAAGGUUGCCCUGGUAGGAAUGGCGUACAUUCCGACCGGAAACACCCCCGGCAAUCAGCAGGAGCUGCUUAUCGCAAGAGAUGUCCUCGAAAUCGGCGUCGAGCAUAGUAUUGCCACUAAAAAUAUUCCAGCGUUCGAGCGCUACAUCCUGCAACUGAAAUGGUUCUACUAUGACUACAAUACGCUGAUUGGCGAGUCGAAAAACAAAUACCAGCUUCUGGGGCUAAACUUGCUCUUUCUAUUGUCACAGAACCGAGUGGCCGAGUUUCACACCGAAUUAGAGCUGCUUCCGGCAGACAUUAUACAAACUAACCCGUUCAUCCGACAUCCUCUUGCCCUGGAACAGUACGUAAUGGAGGGGCGCUACAAUAAAAUUUUCCAGGCUAAAGGUAACGUGCCGGCCGAAAGCUACAACUUCUUUAUCGACAUUUUGCUACAAACGGUACGCAACGAAAUCGCCGUGUGCCUGGAAAGCUCGUACGAGCGUAUCUCGCUGCAGGAAGCCGCCAAGCGGCUUAAUCUCAAAACGAAAGAGGAAGUGAAGCAGUUUGGUGAGAAGAAAGGCUGGAAAAUGAGCCCCGAUGGUUUUUAUCACUUUGUCAAUGAAUUGGCCAAGCCCAAGGAACCGAUCCCAUCACAGGAGUUGGCCGAGCAAGCCAUAACGUACGCCCGGGAGCUGGAGAUGAUCGUCUAGGCGUUCAGAUGUUCAAUCACGAACACAUAACUUCGGUCGGAUUGUAUUUUGUAAUCGGAAUAAAACCACUGCGUAACAAUUAACAAAGGCAUCAACAUAUUUGGACAGCAACGAUGCGAUCAGUGAAGUUACAGUAAGUAGCGGUUGACCGGUAUGAGGCACUCCAUUUCGUUGCAUUCGAAUAUCCACAGAGGUUUCACUAGCUGGGCUCUAGUCGUAGCCGGCAGUGGUCGUUUUCUGCGGGAAAUUAUGUACUCCACGUUGUUUGGAGUGUUUGAAAUAACUCUGAAAGGCAAAAUGACUCGUUUUAACACAUUGAGUAACGAUUGAGAAAAUUCUUUACUCACCCUUUGUAAGACUGAAUAUACUUUUUCAGCUUCAUAGUAUCUACGGCCCCAACAUCGUCGUCUAAGAAAAAUGUUUUGUCGUUGAAAAAAUUUAAAUCACUCCUGGAAUCUUCGUGGUUUGAACCCACUUCUUCCUCGGUGCUUAUUUCAUACGGUAUGGGACAAGUUGUGGGCUUAUCAUCUUUCUUUCGCUCCCUCACAUCUGCAGGGCCAUCAAGCUCAGGUUCCGAGUCGCUUAGUACCAUCGGUUCCUCGGUGGGAUUUUCAUUGCGAUCCUCGCGGGCUGUUACUUCCGGUGGGCGCAAUGUGAUGUCAACAAUCUCAUCUUCCGAAUCGGACAUUUGGGCCUGUGCCGUAUCUAAAGAAAAUUUACGCCACGAGAGCUUACGCCGCGAGGAGUAACACUUUUCGAUCCAUUCUUUUUUGACAAUUUUUCCUUGUCCUUGCACCUGAUUGUACUUCGGUGUGUUUUUAUAGGCACAGCUAACGAUAAAAUACACAAAUAUCAGAUCAGUUUCGAUACGACAGUAUCAUAAAUUGAUAAAAACUCGCUUACAUUAGGUGCGUGCACGACGAAUCCCAAUCAGGUCUGUAUUUUGCGCCCAUUGCCAGCGCUUGGCUACGAAUAAUU